AUGGCAGCCUCCGAGACGGUUAGACUACGGCUCCAGUUCGACUACCUGCCGCCAGCCACCCCGGACUGCACGGUCUUCUGGCUUCUCGUGGACCUGAGCAGAUGCCGAGUUGUCACAGAUCUCAUUAGCCUUGUCCGCCAACGCUUUGGCUUCAGUUCUGGGGCCUUCCUGGGCCUUUACCUGGAUGGGGGGCUCCUGCCCCCCGGCGAGAGCGCGCGUCUCGUUCGAGACAACGACUGCCUCAGUAACACAUACUCCAAGAAGCACUGGAAGAAGCGAGAGCAGGACAACAGUGAGAAGACUCACGAUGUGGAGCCCAAAGCUGCCGUAGAUCAGAGUGCGAGGAAAAAAAACAAGAGGAAAACCAAAGCACCCUAUGGGGUAGUAGGUGCCGAGGGUGACGAGACCAGAAGAAAGUCGCCCAAGAAAAGGGAGAAAAGGGAUUGUAAACGGCAGGUCAAGACUCUCAAGUUGCCGAAAGCCCAGGUUUUGAAAGAGUGGGCCCUGCAGAACUGCAGCCCUCUGAAGGUUUCAUCCACCCAAACCAGCCUUGUCAAAGUCAGAAAGAAAGGAGGCAGGGUGGGCCUUUGUGCCCAAGAGAGUCCCAGCUCCUCCUCAGAGUCUGAGUCCUCUCCGGAAUCCAGCAUCGAGGGCCACAGCAGUGUUUUGGAGGCCAGGAAGUCCCCGGAGAGAACACCCACUGGGUUACCAAAGGCAGGGCCUGUUGUGAGAAACCCGCCCGGGACCAGCUUGAACCUGGCUUUUGCCAAGGGCAAGGCAGCCAAACCAUCGUCUUCCAGCUCAGACUCCAGCUCUGAGUCCGAUGGCCCGAGCAUGCCGUCCCAGAAAACCCCGGAGUGUGCCGCAGGUGUCCCACAGACAGCGGACCUCUUAGCAGGAAGAGGUGGUCCCCCGGGGCCAGGGUCAUCGUCGCAGAUGCCAAGUGCUAUUAGGUGGAAGCAUUCUGAUGCCAACACCAGCAGACAGGGUCCUCCUCUCAACCUGUCCCUCCCAGCCAGUUUGGGCCGAGGAUGGGGUAGAGGAGAGGACCUUUCUUGGAAAGGACCAAGGGGUCGAGGUGUGCGGGGACGGGGGCGAGGGCGAGGGCAGCCCAUUUCCUGUGUUUUAAAUAGAAGCAGUGACUAUCAGAAACAGCAACAGUUAACUGAAAUAUUAACAAACUCAUCUACUCUUAUCCAGAAUCCGGCAGAGGUAAGCCAGAAGGACUACAGUGUGUUACCGCUGUUAGCGGCGGCCCCCCAGGUUGGAGACAAGAUUGCAUUUAAGCUGUUGGAACUAACAUCCGAUUACUCUCCCGAUGUCUCUGAUUACAAGGUACAGCUUUUAUUUCAAAAUAAUUGUUAGCAACAAAAAAAAAUUGCCUUACUGUCUCCUCCUUCCUGUCUGCUUUCAGCUUUGAAAGAACCUGGAAAGUUUGAUUUGGUUUAUCACAACGAGAAUGGAACUGAGGUGGUGGAGUAUGCUGUGACGCAGGAGAAGAGGAUCACGGUUUUCUGGAGAGAACUGAUUGAUCCAAGACUCAUUGUUGACGCUACAAGUAACACCACAUCAAGCACAGACCUUACCUAAGCCAGCCUGUCCACCUCAGUGUAUACAGGUCUUGUUUAUUUCUGAAAGUGACUAUUACCAAACUUUUUUGAAAAGAGAUUUGAAAAUCGUAUGCAUUUUUUUUGUUGUUAUCUUCACCUUACUGCAUAGGAAGAAAAAAAAAAUCUACCUCACUGACAAGAACAUGGGUGUUGGUUUUGUGGACCUUCUGCCCCCCACCCCCCACCCCCAGUUUAACUUCAGUAUCAAAGUUUAAAUGUGACAUUCCUGUGGGCAUCAUCAUUUUACUACGGUGAACGGUUUCUUCUCUGUGACUCCGUGGACCAGCACGCAGCAACCGUCAGAGGAGCCCAUACCAUCGCCUACGAGAAAGCGCGGCCUGUCUCGUCUCGUAGGUCUUACUGCGUAACACGUCGAAGCUGUAAAGCAUGCUACGAUGUGAUCCAAUUUUUCGGAACAGUUGACUUGUUCCAUUGAAUCCGGAACACUUUCUAAAUGUCAAGCAUUUUAUGCUUGCAAAUGGCAAGCGUUCAUAGGUGGUUGGAUUUGUCGUCGGGAUUGCAUUAAAGAAUACUCCCCUGCUCUUCUCGGUUUCUAAGUCACGGGCUUGUAAGAGCCUCUGUGAAGCUACGAGAAGACUUCUUGUGUGUGCCGAGGAAGCACUGGCGCUCUGCGUGGGCCGAGAGGGUCUGUUGACUGAGCUUCCGCCCAGGCACGAACUCCUCGCCACAAGACCCUGAGCGCCCGGCCCAGUGUGCUGGAGUGAGGGGCUCCAGUAGACACGUCCUCCUGGUCAACCCAAGCUCAGAAGGUUAAAUAUAUUCUGUGUGUAGACCCCUCCUUCAGCUCUGCAAGCUUCUGAAUAAAAUCACACUGAGCUAAAUGUC